GUGCGCAACUAAACAAAGGGAAAUGGGGGUGGUUUGGUGUUGUUGAAAGAAAAAGGAAUUCAUAAUUGCUAAUUGAAUUAAUAAUAAUUGAUGACUGUGUAAAUUAGUAAACAACGUGCACGUUUUAGAGCAUGCAAUAACAAUCAGCAAUCACACACAAUGCAGAGCAACAACAUGGCAAAGUCAAUCUGGAGCUGGAGUUUCCUUUUGUUGUUCCUCUUGGUUCUCGGAACUCCGGCGAUAUCCUCGCGGGUUCUGGAGUUGAGUGACCGCUUCAUCGAUGUGCGCCACGAGGGUCAGUGGCUGGUCAUGUUCUAUGCGCCAUGGUGUGGCUAUUGCAAGAAAACGGAGCCAAUCUUCGCUCUGGUCGCACAAGCGUUGCAUGCUACCAAUGUACGAGUGGGACGGCUGGAUUGCACCAAGUAUCCGGCGGCAGCAAGGGAGUUUAAGGUGCGUGGCUAUCCCACCAUCAUGUUCAUCAAGGGCAACAUGGAGUUCAGCUAUGCCGGUGACCGCAGCAAGGAUGAGCUCGUCGAUUACGCCCUGCGCAUGUCCGGUCCGCCCGUACAGCUGGUCACCCGCACCGAGAGCGUGGACAUGCUCAAGGGCUCCCACACCAUAUUCUUCAUGUUCGUGGGCGAGCAACAGGGCGUGGUCUGGGACACGUAUUAUGCAGCUGCCGAGGGUUAUCAGGAGCACGGAUUCUUCUAUGCCACCAGCGAGGACAUUGCAGCCCAGCACUUUGACUUUGAGAAACUGCCAGCGGUGAUUGUCUACAAGGAGGAGCAGCAUCACUUCUAUCCACACGGCCACGUUGCCCAUCAAAUGGAUCCCAAUGAUGUCAACGAAACCAUCUUCCAGUGGGUCAAUGUGGAGCGUUUCACACUCUUCCCCAAGGUGACCCGCUUCAACAUCCACCAGCUGCUCAAGACCAAGAAGUACUUGGUUCUCGCUGUGGUGCAGGAGGACAAAUUGAGUCAGAUUGCCACCCAUGAGCUGGAAUUCCGCGACAUGGUCGAGGGCGUCAUUCGCAAACAUCGUCCGCGUUAUCAUGACAAAUUUCAGUUUGGCUGGAUUGGCGAACCAUCUAUAGCACAUUCCAUAAUCUUGGAUCAAUUGCCGACGCCUCAUCUGAUUGCACUUAACUCCACGACACAGCAUCAUUAUAUACCCGACGACGAUCCAAUACAGAUGACGCCCCAGGCUCUGCAUUUAUUCCUGGAGUCAAUUAAUAAUGAGAGCGCCACAGUCUACGGCGGAGACACCUACUUUGUCCGUGUGAAUCGUGCGCUCUUCGAGGUGAAGAGAUCGCUGCGUGAGAUGUGGAAGGGUAAUCCGGUGCUGACAACUGUCAUCUUUGGACUUCCACUCGGAUUUCUGUCACUGAUCAUGUAUUCCAUAUUCUGUGGCGAUUGUCUGGUCUCUGAAGAGGAACAGGAGGAGGAUCACGAGAAGAGGGAGUAAAGUUGAAGUAGAAGAAGGAAGCAGAUUCAUCUCAUUGUUAGUGCAAUUUUCACUAAGCCAAAUCUAGUCUUAUUUUAAUCACAUUAAAUGGCAUUUGCUUAUAGAAGAACUCUUGUUCAGAAUUCGAAUUCCUUUCUUGGCUGUUGGCAUCAUUUUUUGUAAGAAUUAUAAAUGUAUCCAUAGAGAUUUGAGAGUUUCGAGAGCUCGAUGUGUGUUUUUUUUAAUUUAAUAAACAUAGUUGGUAAUUACCAUGAUCUAAA